AUGAAGGCUCCCCUGACGGCUCGAGGAGGCCUGCAAAGCUCCCCUCGAGAACGACGUCCUUGGAACGAGUCAGAAUUGGAGGGCCAGAAGGUUCACAGCCGCAAGCCCUUUGGGAAGGCACAGAGCGCGUCACCGCGCCCGCAGAGAUUUCGAGCCGUCGACGCGGUCAAGCUUGCAAAGCAUGAGCUAGAAUCACAGAACGGGCCCUUGGUCAAGGCGGGCAGACUUCGGCUUUCCCAGUUUUCGGCACUGGACGAGAUGCCAUGUCGUUUGCUUGGUCCCCGCGGUCGCUGCGGCCGCGGAGGUGUUGCAGGUGCUGUCCUUGGAGGCCUGUGGCUCGGGGCUUCGAGCGAGACGUCCGAAGAGAAGAAGGAGGAAUCACGAAGCAGGACGGAGACAAUGGACGAGAUGUUCGAGCAGUUUUUCGAUGCGAUUGAUGACCUUUCGGACUCCGAGCUUGGGAACAGCUGCGGCACAGGUUUAGGGCUCGUCAUUCCAAAGCUAAGAAAUGACAGUGAGAUUGCUGCUCAUUACAAUGUGCCUCUGCAAGCUAUCAAUCAGCUCAAGGCCGACUUCCCGGAGUGUCCGUCCGCAGAAUUGGCUCGGUUCCUUGCGCGGAAGAGCGUCUCUGGAAAUCCGGAGAAGGCCGCGAAGCUCAUUAGUGCAUACCUCGAGUGGCGACGGGGCAUCCCCAAGUGGCCAGCGCCGCCAAACGACUUACCCAACCCAUUCCGAUUUAACGGCUUUGCCCGGGACGGCUCGCGGCUGCUUCUGCUGCUGCCCUGUUGCAUCAACGUGGACUUCAAGCCGGAGAAUUACUGCCAGCAGCUGGUCAGGCACCUGGACACAGAGGUCGAGCGCGCGGACACGUUGCGCUUCACGGUGCUUCUGGACUGCCGGCCACACAAAGCGCUGGGCUACGAUGCAAAGCCCGUCUGGCGACUCUGGACGCACAUCUCCGCCAUGGCCAAGAUGUUCCAGUCCUACUUCCCGGAGCGCCUGCAGAGAUUUGUCAUCUAUCCUGCUGGGGACAUCGAGAUGGGUGCAUUUCGGAUGUUCAAGGGACUGCUUUCCACCGAGACGUUGAAGCGCGUUAGGCUGCUGUACAGCAAGCUGGGCUACGCGGCGCCAGCUCCUCCUCGGGAGCUGCUUGAGAUCCUUGACGUCAAAGAGGUCCGUCGAGAGAACAAAGUCUUCUUCACCGGCUUGGAGGCCGAAUCAGAGUGUAAUGGCGAUCUCGGUCCUGUGAUCCAUGAGGGCUUCUACAAACUGUCGGCGGCCGUAACAAGGCCUGCCCCUUCGCUCCGCCAGAAGGCGGCGACCUUGCAAGAAACCUUUGAGAACCGGCUGCAAAACCUGCGCCGAAGCCGACCGGGAGAAAGAGAGAGGAAGCGGCCGGAAGCAGGAACAGAGGCAGAAGCGACUCGCCCACGAGCUCCCGAAGCGGAAACGUUGCUUGCCUUGGAGGGCGCAGGCUCUCAGUACGCGAAUGCGGGUGACACCUUCAUCACCGCGCAUGAGGACCAUCAAAGUUCCGAUCUUGCGGAUGCCGGGCAACUCGUGCCGCUGGCUUCCGCGCCGUUGGAGCCCACCGUCAAAGUCAAAGACCAGGCGGAUGCGGAUGCUCUGAAAGCAGCGCUCGUGGAGGCAGACUUCGCCAAGCAGGAGUUGACCUUGUGUGUUGACACUUUACAUGCUUAUGCCUGCGAAACGUCUUCCGAAUCGCGAGAGCGUGCUGCCCUACUAGAUUCCGCGACCUCAACAGCAUCCUCGUCGCUGGACAAGCUGGUGCAGAUCAUAGAAAGGCAGGCCGCGGAAGCAACAGAAGCAGCUCAGGAGCGACGCGAACUCGAAGCCAGAAUUGCCGAGUUGGAGGAUGACGCUGAGGGCUUGAGAAGGAUGGUGCAACGUGGCUUGCGCGAGGAGGCAGAACUGCAAAAAGAGAAAGAGCAGAAGGUGGCCGAGGUGCUCGAGAAGCAGCAAAGCUUAGUGGAGGCAGACAGGAAGGGGCAGAAGCUUACCGCCCAGCUGGAAGAGGCCUUGGAACGGAUCAAACGACGCGAUGAGGAAGAGCGUCGAGCACAAGAAAAUUUACGUGACGGUGCCAACUCCCCAAUGAUGGCAUUUUCCACUUUCGUUCUGGGGCCAGACCAGGCUUUGCCGCAGCUUUGCCCUGCUGCGACUCGGCGAUCGCGCACGAUGCCGCAGGAGCGGCGCCAGCUCCACGACGAGGACUUCGCUCCUGUUGACCGCGGGCGCGGGGUCAGCAGGCUUGCAUGUGCCUCCCAGUGGACGGCAGAGUGGGCGGCUGGCUCUAACGGCUGCGCUUUUCCACAGCAGCCUUUUGGCUCAAGUGGCCAUUGCGCCAUGGCGAAGUGCUUCGUUUGUGGCUGUGCUGAGGUGAAGUAUCGGUUUCCCUGCUGUCGAGAGAGAUAUUGCUCUUUGCCAUGCUAUCGUGUCCAUGCGGCCGGGCAAUGCCCUGCGCGGCCGGAAGCAGAGAUUCCAAAACGAGCUCGAAAGGAGCAGGAGCCCGAGGCUCCCGAAGACUUAAUCUCUGAGGUUAGGCUCUGUGCGCUGCGAGGUCACCUCGGGGUCAGAAGCGCUCUUCAGAGCGAAGCCUUCCAGGAUGCCCUUUGCGCGCUGGAUGAAGCCCAGGAUCGUCGCCAGGCCCUUGAGCGCCUACUGGAGAAGGACAGGUACUUUGCCAAGUUUGCAGAAGACCUCAUGGAGGCUAUUGACUACUUUCCCCGAGGGGACUUUGCCAAAAGGAGUGCAACACCGGACGGCGUGCCAACACAGGGAAGCUCCAAUCACAGUGACCAGGACAGUUCUGCAACACCCCCGCAAAUCAAAAAGGUUAGCACACGGAGGCGUUCAGAGGAGGAAGACAGCACGGAUUCCGAAGCAGAAGCUGACGUACCGAGGGCCUCACCGCUAGCGUCUUCGUUUCCAGCGCUCGUGCCGUAUCUGGACUUCCAGAAGGCUGACGUGGAAGCCGAGAAGAUCAAGGUUCAAACGGCGUCCCAGAAUCACGAGCACUUGGAAAAACACAUGGUCAUGCUGCAGGAGGAAAGGCAGCAGCAUCUGGAGCGGAACCAGCUGUUGCAGCACGCAGUCGAUGCGACCUUGGAGCGUAUCCUCGUUUGGGUGCAGGCAGUGUAUGACUCUCUGCACGACUUCGGUCCAAGAUCGGUGCAGCAGGAUGCGGAAGCUCUUGUAGCGAUUCGAGAUAUGCUUGCAUGGCUGGCACAGCGCUCUUGCAAGGCAUGGGUUGACCCGCCUGACAAUUUGGAACAAGCCUUGGCUAGCCACGAAGACCGUCUGCGCUCUGCAUUGGCUCUAGCCGAAAGCCAAUCCUCGGCCGGGGAGGUGGAAGAGCUGCGCAGGGCCCUUCAGCAGCAGAUGAAGCGAGCAGAGGACCUGGAGAAGCGCCUUGAGGCUGUGCAGAGCGAGUCAGUGCCAAGCAGGAAGCUUGAAGUCGCCUCCGGCAAAAGCGCACAGAGUGGCGCCAGUGCUGGCCCAGAUCCCGAAACCACGAGCACCUCGGUGCAGGGGCCUGCAGAGACAGGCUCCGUGGUUGUUGCCAGCCCACGCAGCCCAAGUCCAAAUGUGUCCUUGCCACCAGAGGCUGGUGAAACUGCCCGAGAAGAGGAGGAGGCACAGGUGCUUGCAGAGGACUUGGAGCAAACCGAACCUGAACAGGACCGUGCCGCCUCUGCUGGCCAGGAUGCAGCCACAGAAGCGGAACAGGAGGCGCAGAGGAUGAGGCUCUUCAGAUGUGCGUUUGCCCAGGCGAUAGAUCUCACCGUCGCUAAGAGGACAAGGCCGUCGGUUGGCAAUGCCGCGGUCUCUGAGGAGGAAGACAACAAACUGUUCGGACGCAGGCAGCUGCGAAGCUUCAUCGCCGAGGUAUACUCUGCCAAACGUCUUGAAGAUCGCCGGCGUGACAAGACUCAGCAGCCAAGACGGCAGCUGCAUGCGGUCAUGCAGGAAAUCUUGCGAAGACAGCAUGGUGUGAAGCGCUUGGUGCAUCAGAGAUCCUGGCAGCUGUUGGAGUCUGUGGCGCAGAAUGCUUCCAAGGAUGCAGCGGUAGGACUCUUCGCUGACUUCCUUGAUGGCACACGUGAUUUGGAGGAGCUGUCCUUCUACUUGUACUGCUCUGCGUUGCUCUCCUCGAGUCUACCCGAAGAGUCGCAGGCUACUCCUUCCAAGCUGCCUCCAGGCUUUGUCAGCAAGGCGCGUUGCACCCGCCUGGUGGACCUCCUCUUCUCCGACAUGCCGAAGGCACUGUCGGUUGUAGAGGAGGAGAUUGAGCGAAUGGCUCGAUCCUCUGCCUCUGAAGUUUGGGGCCUGAUCUGCAGUUAG